UCUCGCUUCAGACAAGUCUCCUCUCGCGUCUAUGAUGAAUGCCGCUGCGUAAAUGCUUCAAGAAACACCUAAGAAACUUUCUUCAACAUGAAGCAGCUGCUCAAUGAACGCAUCUGCGCUUUAUUCCGCAGUAACUGGCAGCAUACUCUCACAUAUUGGAGUGUAUUCUUUAGUUUUGGACUCUGUGUCGCUUUUCUGGGUCCGACCAUCCUGGACCUGAGAUGUCAGACUCAGUCCACGCUACAGGAGAUCACUCUGGUCUUCUUCUCCCAACAGUUUUUCCUCUUUAUUGGAAGCACCAUUGGAGGAUUCUUCAGUAAAACGCUUGUAUGUUCUUUGUCAGCGUUGGCUGUGUCCACCCUCACCAUCUCUGUGGUUUUUGCUGUGAUCCCGCUAUGCUAUAAGCUGCUCCUAUUGGCUUUUGCCUUGGCGGUAUCUGGUCUUGCCAUGGGCAUCAUUGACACCAUCUCUAACCUACAACUGGUCAAGAUCUACCAGAGAGACUCCACAGUUUUCCUGCAGGCCCUUCACUUCUUUGUGGGUCUCGGGGCGUUAGUGAGUCCCCUCAUCGCUGACCCCUUCCUUUCUGAGACCAGCUGUGUGAUUGGGAACAGCAGCAGCAAUGCUACAUCAUUAAGGCAUCUGAGGAACAAGCUCGCCGGCAGACAUGUGCUCAACGUGUCCAGCGUCCACCUCCACACUAAUGGAGAGGUGGUGACCAACGUCUCCUACGCCUUCUGGAUCAUGGCUAUCAUCAAUCUUCCUGUACCAAUCGGCAUAUUAAUCCUAAUGUAUUGGGAGCGACUGUUCACGUGCGGCUCAAACCCCAGCCGGCGUUUACUAGACGGAGACGCGCUAGCGAUGAAAACCUGGGGAACCACAGGUCUGACAGAAGACGCUGGACAUCAGAAAGAGCCUUCCAAAAGCCAUGUAGACGUGUUCGACUGCUGUCUCCUUGGCAACUCGCACAAUUUUCCACUGUCUUUCUUUGGGAUCCAUAUCCUUGGGGGUCUGGUGCUCUUCUUUUCUGACGGUAUAGUGGGCUCGUACACAGGCUUUGUGUACACCUACGCAGUGGCGCCCCCUAUAAAUCUGUCUCACAAGACCGCCGGAUACUUGACCUGCGUCUUCUGGGCAGCGAUCACUGUCGGCCGACUGUCCGCCAUACCUCUGUCGUACCGCUUUAAACCUGUCCGAUUGCUCACCGUUAGUCAGGUGGGUGUGAUAGUCACACUACUUCUGCUGCUGAUCUUCUCCAACAGUAGUGUGUUCCUCUUCAUCGGCACCUGCUGUCUCGGCCUAUUUAUAAGCAGUAUCUUCCCCUGCACGCUCGCAUUCACCGAAGACAUCCUGGAGUACAAAGGUUGUGCCACAACAGUCAUGGUGACCAGUGCAGGGAUGGGCGAGAUGUUACUCCAGGUGAUCGUGGGUUCGGUGAUGCACAAUCAAGGUAGCUUCAGCUUCCUGUUGUGUGGAAUGAUCUUCGGCUGCCUGGGAUUCGCAUUCUUCCUUUUGCUGUUCUUCGUCCAGCAAAGUCACAAAAACUUCACAGAAGCUUUACCUAGUAACACCCCUUCCGAAAGGCUUGAGGAAAAUGGGAUCAAGACCUGUUCUGCUGCCGUCCUGAACUCAUGGGACACGUCAGAGCAGAAAGCGUCCAUCGAUCCCUAACAAUACAGAAGAUGGAUGAGAAUGACAGGAGCGAAGGGACAAUGGUGUCAUGACUCAGGGACAUCAAGGACCAAACACAUCCUGCAAAUCACUGACAAUCAAAAGAGCUAAUAGAAAUAUCAUUGAGUGUUAGAAGUUGUAUUGAAAGCUUUAUUUUUGUAUUAAAUAUUUUUGAUGAAUGAUCAUAAAUUUGAAUGCAAUUGUUCUUAAUGGCUGCAAUGGAUAUGUGCAAUAUGACUUUUCUCUGUAAAGAAAAGUUGCUUUAGUGUUCGUUGUUAGAAACGCACUGACCAAUCAGCACUGUACAACAUAAAAUAGUAGUUUUUAUUAUUUUCAAUAUGUAAAAGCCCUGCAGUGUGGAAUGGCCUCACGCAUUGCAUUACUUUGUUCUUUGCUUAUUCACAGAUUAGUAGCCAAAUCAUUCUCUGCCAAAGUCUAUAUGUUCAUAACACAUUUGUAGUAAAGUGAUCAAAAAAGUCAAAAAAGGACAUCCUACCCUACCAUCUUCCUGAAAAAGCUUCCGUGUAUUGUGUUGUACAGCUUCAGGUCUAAUGGUUCCUCUAAAGCCCGUGACCUCAGCGUUCAGGUGGACGUUCCUGAUUGUUGUAGGUUGCUGUGUCAGCGUAUUUCUCUUGGCCUGGGUAAAAUUUUAUUUGUUUUUUCUGGUUUACACAGGUGUCAGACAUGCUAGCGUUAACACAAUUGCUGCAUAAAUGAGGUCAGCCUUCUGCAGCUGUAUUUGAUGAAGACACACAAGCCAAAUAAGUUACUUUUUUUGCGUUUUUUAUAGAAAUCUUUCUUCCCUUCCAACAUCCACAGAUUAGUACAACAGGUAUGCCAAUGAACAUAGAUUUGUAAACAUUUGAGCUGCUAGAGUGAGACAAUCUGAAAAUACAUUUGCACAAAAAUAUUGAAAACAUUUGGUGUCAAUAUUGUACCAUAACAGUAGAAUUGAUCACACUUUUGAUUAUUACAUCAUCCCUUUUGUCCACAAAAUACAAAUUUGCUGAUGAAACACAAAAUGUUGUUCUAAAUGCAGUGCAGUUGUGACAUGUCAAUAUUUAGAGGAUGAGAAAAUCUGAUGCGUCUUAAAGUUUAGCAUUGGCACUUUCCUAGAAUAGGG